UUUCGUCUUGUGAGGCGGGCACAGCGGGACGUGGUUGUUUUCAUCCGUCGGUAAUGCUCAUCGUCCAGGCCUAUAUUUAACAUUUGAAUGGUAUCCCUCUGCUAGGAAGGCGAUUGCUCCGCCGCAUGCACACGCAGAGGAGACUGCACCGCUCGCAGCCGUGAAUAUGGACUUGCACAUAUUGGACCACAGGCUACGGGUCACCAGCAUAUCCAAGAACGGGCUGGUGCAUUUCACACACCCUCUGAUAAAGCUGAUCUUUCUCCGGAACAGGACAAGAUGUAAGUUUUUCAGUCUGACAGAGACACCGGAGAACUACACAGUCGUCCUUGACGAGGAAGGAUUCAAAGAGCUCCAGCCUUCAGAGCACCUCCAGGUAGAAAGCUCCAUCUGGCUGCCGCUCAAUGUGGUCUCCAACGGCAACGCCUCCAGCAGUUCACAGGCUGUUGGCGUGACCAAGAUCGCCAAGUCGGUCAUAGCCCCUCUGGCCCAGCAGCACGUUUCUGUGUUCAUGCUCUCCACGUAUCAGACAGACUUCAUCCUGGUGAGAGAGAAAGACCUGUCCGUAGUCAUCAGCACUCUGGAGGAGGAGUUCAAUAUCUACAAGGAGCUGGGAGGAGAGUCUGUCCCUGUGCAUUGCCAGGAUGUUUCCAGCGGCCUCCAGAAGAACGGCAAAGAAGCCAUCCAACCGACAGUUCACCCAGUGCUGAUCCCCCAGAACCAGUUCUGUGUCAUGUCUCUGGACCCGGACACACUGCCGUCCAUCGCCACCACACUCAUUGACGUGCUCUUCUACUCCAGCAGUCCUAAAGAGGACACACAGUCAUCUCCCAGCCAGGACUUGGACUGUGUCAAGUUCUUCUCCUUCUCCCUCAUCGAUGGCUACAUCUCACUGGUGAUGGACACUGACGCCCAGAGACAGUUUCCGGCUGACCUUCUCUUCACCAGCUCCUCCGGGGAGCUGUGGAGAAUGGUGCGUAUAGGGGGACAACCGCUUGGCUUUGAUGAGUGCGGUAUAGUUGCCCAGAUUUCGCAGCCUCUCGCUGACAGUGACAUCUCUGCCUAUUACAUAAGCACCUUCAGCUUUGACCAUGCUCUGGUCCCUGAGGAGGACAUAGUGAGCGUGACGGACAUGCUGCAGCAUCAGAGGAAGGAACCAGCCACCAGCUGAUUUCUGAAGCCCCAUCUGAGACCCAGCUCCAGUGGCAAGGCAAGAGGCUAACUCUGUGCCUAGACUAGCACUGCAUCGCCAGCAGUAUUAACUUCCACGGACUUGCCAUGAACACCAGAAGCACUUGUUUGUGGUGUGCACAUACAGUUUCUCUGUGAAACCUCCUGUCUUACCUCUCCGACGCAGGAUGCACUGAGUCGCAGAGACCCACAGGCCUAUACAUGCACAUCAAAAUCCACAAUCAGUCCUAAACAUAUACGCAGUCAGACACACAUACACUCACUUGCUCAUUCACGUUCACAAGCACAUUCAGAUAUAUGAACAUAUGUAUGAUAGACUCUCUUUCUCUUUAAUACAGGACUGAGAUCUCAUGGCGUGUGGUCUGAGGUUGUUCAUAACAUAACAUAACAGAACACACUCACAUACAUUUCACCAGUGCUAUAAACAUACAACUUAGUCUUCCAGUAAUGUUUAUAUCAUUAUGCCAUGUGUCUAAACAUGUCUUUUUUAAUUGCAGUUUUCCUUUUUGUGAAACUGAAAGAGUGAAGCUUCAAAUGCAAGGCAUUUGUUUGAACACUGACCUAAAAUAAUUUUCAUGCGGAAGAAAACUGAGAAUUUUAUUUUUUUGAUAACAGGACUCACUCAUUUUGGUUUGAUAGAAUAUGGAGUUAGUUUUAAUAUAUUAAACCUACCACAAAUGCUGUCAAGCAGGACAGUGGACUUGGUCAGUGUUUUUUUUUUUUUUUUUUUGUUGUUGUUUUUUGUUAAGAGGCCAGCAUUUCUUAACCAUAGAAUCACCCAAGGUCAAUAACACUAUGUCUUAUUUUUUGUUAUUUGCACAAUAAACUUUUAGCUUAGCUAAUAUCACUUAGAUGUUUUCUUUGGUACAACUACAUUUUGUACAAUUUGAAGUAAAAGUAUUCUGUAAACAUUUGUAUUUUUUGUGCUGCUUCAUUCAAUAAAGAAUAUUGAAAAUUGG